AUGUACGAAUUGUCGGACCAAGCCGGCCCGGACGCCGCAGUCGACGCCGGCGCCAAGCGCGAUGUCAAGAACCCGGUCGUGAACGAGCGCUCGAAGCGCAAGCGCGACAAGUUCAAGGCGGCCGCCGACGGCGAGUGGACGCAGUGCAUGUUCAAGCUCGAGCGCAAGGCCCGCUACUGCAACGUGGCCCGCGUCGCAGGCUCGCUCUACUGCGGCAACCACAUUGAGCGUGAUGAAGGCGUCGUCAGCAACAAGUCGAAGAAGUUCAAGGCCGAGAUGCGGCAGCGUGUCCCUUGCACGCUCGACCCGUCGCACACGGUGUACCUCUACGACCUCAAGAAGCACUUGGUGGUCUGCAACAAGCUCAAGGAAGCCGAGGCCAUGCAGGCGCUGCCGUACUUUUCGCGCAAUAUCAACUCGGGGUCGCACGCCGCCGCGCCGCAAGAUAACACCGAUGUCAGCGUCGAUGAGCCCGACAAUGAGACGGAGGAGAACAGCCAUGAAGCGCCGUCGGCGGCGCGCCAAGCGUCCAUCUUCCAAAUCCUGGCAAAAAUGGACUACACCGCCUUUGCUGCCAAGGUUGAGGCCGCGUAUGCCAAGGCCGUUGGCUCGAUCCCGACCGAGACGCUCAAGCACGACGCGUGCACCAAGCUCCUCGUGGAGAAGGAAGCGACUGGCGCGUCGCACGGUGCGCUGCGCCACAUCCAGCAGCAGGCGUCGAUCAUCGGCCACAUGGAGCGCAAGAGCCUUCUGCACAAGUCGUUUACGUACAUGGAGCUCGGCGCGGGCCGCGCGAUGCUGUCGCUUGCGCUCACGCAGCUGUACCCGGCGUCGCCGUUCAUUCUCAUAGAUCGCGCCGGCACGCGGGGCAAGGCCGACCAGUACAUUGCGACGGAAAGCACGUGCACGCGCGCCAAAAUCGACAUUCGGCAUCUGAACCUCGCGGGCAUGAAGGAGGCGACCGAGACGCCGCUCGUGUGUCUCUCCAAGCACCUCUGCGGCGUUGCGACCGACCUCUCGCUGCGAGCGCUCGCGACGACGCUGCCACCAGUCCAAGCCAACGCGAUGAGCCCGCACCUGCACGGUCUUGCGAUUGCGCUCUGCUGCCACCACGCGUGCAGCUGGGACGACUAUGUCAACCCGACGUACCUCGAAGAGCUCGGCUUCUCAGCCGCGGACUUCAAGGUGCUCGUCUCGCUCUCGGGCUGGGCGACGUGCGGCAUGGGCACUGAAGGCGACGCCGUCGAGACGGUCCUUGGCUGGAGCCGGGAGAAGCGCACGGCUCUCGGCCGCAAGAGCAAGCGCGUCAUCGAUAUGGGCCGGGUUCUCUACCUGCGCGCGCAUGGCAUGCACGCCGAGCUCGUGCACUACUGCGAAGAAACCGACAGCCUCGAAAACUGCCUCCUCCUUGCCUCGCGCCCGCCGGCGAGCGCUUAG